UCAUGUAUUCAUUACGUCUUUUUGCAAACAAAACAUCGACUAUUAUUAAAUAAGGUUUUAAUUAAUUUUAUAAGAAUACAAAAGCAUAUCGAAAACAAUCUAGAUUAAAAAUGAAAAUCAAGCUGCUACUAAAGAAAGUCAAUUAUAAUUUUUGAUUGAAUAUCAAAUCAAUAUCAACACAAGUUCGUACAUUGAAGAUUAACAAAUUAAAAGUAUUUCAAAAUGACUGUCGAUUUUAACGAUUAUUUUUGGGGGGAGAAGAACAAUGGUUUUGAUGUUUUAUAUCAUAAUAUGAAAUAUGGUCUACAAGCCAGCAAAGAACUUUCGGACUUUUUUCGAGAAAAGUCAAGUAUAGAGGAGCAAAAUUCGAAAUUAAUGUCAAAACUGGCUCAUAAGGCCAGUACGGGAACAUUAAAUAGUACAUUUUCACCAGUAUGGACCAUUCUUAGGACAUCGGCAGAAAAAUUGUCUACACUCCACAUGCAAAUGGUGCAAAAACUCACAGAAUUGGUUAAGGAUGUAACGAAAUACACGGAUGAAUUGCAUAAAAAGCACAAGACUGUAAAAGAAGACGAAGCACAAACGUUGGAAUGUGUUAAAGCAAUACAAACAUCUACUGCGGAUGUACAAAAGGCUAGAGAUAUGUACAGUAGUAAGGCACAAGAAUUAGAAAAACUACGAAAAGAUAAUUCAUCACAAAAAGAUAUUGAUAAAUUGGAAACGAAACUACGCAAACUACAAGACGACUAUAAAGUAUUAUUAGAUAAACACAACCCCAUUAAGAACGAAUUUGAACGUCGUAUGACGCAGACUUGUAAGCGAUUUCAAGAAAUUGAAGAAAUGCAUUUGCGUCAAAUGAAAGAAUUUCUUUCUACUUAUUUGGAAUUGUUGCAAAAUAACCAUGAUAUGGUUGGACAGGUACAUUCCGAUUUUAAGCGACAAUUUUUAGAUAUGACUGUUGACAAAUUGCUGGAACAAUUUGUAUUAAAUAAAUACACUGGCUUGGAGAAACCCGAAAUGCCAGAACUUGAAUUCAUUCCAUUAUCUAUAAAUCAACAAAUAUCAGCCACUUCAAAUAUUCGUUUGAAUCAACCCUCUGUUGCUUCAAAUUCAAAUUCAGCCACUAGCAUCAAUCGUGGUGGGAACGUUUCGAUGGAUUUACGCGGUACCGAAGCUGUAUCAGUAGGUAGUGUUGCAAGUGGCAGCGGUAGUAUUAUGAAUGCUGAUGACUCUGUAUUGGAUGUUAACAGCACAAAAACUACCACAUCGAGGCCGACUUCGCCAGAAGUAACCUCUACACCAAAUGCAGCCGCAACAGUAACUGCAACGACCAGCACCGUCAAAAGUAAUUUUCGCAGUUGGUUCUCGUCAAACAAUCCCAGCAAACAACAGCCACAGCAACAAAAUACCGGAAUAUCUACGUCUGCCACUAGCGGUAGUGGAAAUUUCGGUAUGGAUAGUAAUUGUAUCACAAGUUCACUAUCAGUCAAUAUAAAUGCUACAAAUAACACUACUAGUACCACCACCACCUCUGGCACAACUACCACAACCAUCAACAAAAAUUCCCUUAACUCUGAGCUUCAAUCACUACAGGAUAACAAUCAAGCACUGAACUCACAAAUAGAUCGUGAUGUUUUAUCAACAAACUCUAGAGACAACAUUACAGCCACAUCACCAAAUAUAUCAGCUCCCGUGUUAAGCACUAAAAAGUUCUCAGAUCGUUCAGGAACUACAACUACUACUACAAAUCAUCAUCAACUUUUCUCACCACAAAAUACAACAAACAACAAUUCUUAUUCAUCAACACCUGCCACGACAUUGGGAACAAGUCAGAGACGCACUACAUCCCUAUUAAAUAUUUUCUCUUCAAAUUCACAGGUGUCGGGCAUAUUGCGAAGUCGACGUGACAAAACGAAAACUAAAAAAUCAAAGAAAAAGAAAGAUGGCGAAAUGGCGGAUAACAUUAAGGAAGAACGCACUCAAAGUGUGGACAGAGCAGGUAAUAGUUCUAUGGAAUAUGAUGACCAGGGUAAAACAAAACAACAAAACUCAAGUACAACAAAUUCUGGAUUAUUAGCCAUAACUUCAAAACUAGUAGGAACUGGUACAGAAACAGGAGGAGCAUCGACUUCGGGUAUCUCAAAUAUACCUGAUGUGUCUUCAACGUCGGGUUUAGCUGAUAACAGUGUCAGUGGAACCGCCGAUUCAAAUCAUACCAACAAAAUCAAUAAUACAGCUUCAACAGCUGGUCAGCAGUUUAGUGGCAAUGAAGUUGACGAAGAUGGUUACAGCCUUCAACCACCCAAAGAGGUUGCCUGGGAUGAAAAUAAAGAGAACGCUGGUAGUUUCUAUUCUGAUUCCGAUUCAGAAUCUGAUAACGAUAGGCCAGAGAAGAGAAUACAUGUAAAAAUAAAACCUUUAAAUAACGGCCAGGCGCCCAUGUCCGCAAGUGUGGAUGAAUUAAGGGCGACCGUUGAAAAUAUUUCAUUAUCGCCAACAGGAGUAUUUUCGCAGCACAGCCAGCAGUUGCAACAACAAUCUAGACUAACUUCGCGACAACAAUCACCGGAAAUUUCGAAUGCUUCCACACCAACGGCAGCAGUACAUCCGUAUGCACCUUUACAAAGUCCCACAUUGUCUAUGUCAAACAAUUCAAAGUAAGACUAAAACACAAUCUCAUUAAUAUAUUACAUAUAUUAUUUUAUAUAUACUAUGAAUUUUUAUAGAUAUGCCGAUCUCGGUGAUAUAUUUUCUGAAUUGGGCGACGUAAGUUCAUCAGCUCCAGCUUCAGCAAAUCUGACAAAAACUCAAGGUCGACAAAUACCAACUCCAACUUCUGGAACAGGUAGUAGUAUUGCUAUACCAAGACCGCCUUCAAGGAGAUCAGAAAUGUUAGUAGGUGCUAGAGGGCGCAUUAGUCCUGCACCGAUUAAUACCAUUAAUCGAGCGGAUAGUAUAGGCUCCUUGGAAUUCCGCACAGCCAUUGGUGGUAUUAGCUCUUCCAGAGGGCCCUCACCCCUAACCAUUGGAAUCUCUGAUACUAUACCGCUGGCGGUAGCAUUUCACGAAAUUAUUCAUGCUUACUUUAGAGGUAGCGAUGAAUCACGAUGUCAAGUUAAAAUAUCUGGAGAUAUGAUGUUAUCAUUCCCUGCCGGUAUUGCGGGUUUGUUGGCUAAUAACCCCAAUCCAGCUAAAUUAGGCUUUCGUAUUAAAAAUGUACAAAAUUUAGAACAUUUUAUACCAAAUAGUAAAUUAGUGCAAACGGAUAAAAAUCAAUCCAGUUCAUUUAGCACUAUGCUAGAAUUUAAUAUGCCAGCAUUAACAGCAUUAUUGAGACGUCAGGCGGAACAGAAUCCUACAGCUUCAUAUUUCAACGUGGAUAUACUAAAGUAUCAAGUGCGCACUAAGCCUGGGGCUAGUUCGUGUCCGUUUCAACUGGUUAGCUAUUGGAAAUGUGAACCCACCUUUACAGCUCUCAAGGUUGAUUACAAAUAUAAUAAUCAUGCCAUGAGUGCGGCAUGUCCACUUUUAAAUGUAACACUACUUGUGCCAGUUAAUGGAUCAGUUCGAAACGUACAAUCUAAACCUCAUUCGGCAUGGUUGGGCGAAUCGAAUCGCUUGGUAUGGAAUUUUACCGAUAUAUCCCAAAAUUCCCAAGACGGUGGAGUUGGUACGUUGAGAGCUCGUUUAGAGCUAAGCGAUGGACCGUCUACACCAGCUUUGCUAACAACACAAUUCAAUUGUGAAGGUACAACAUUGUCUGGCAUAGAAUUUGAAUUACAUGGUCAUGGCUACCGAGUGUCGUUGGUAAAAAAGAGAUUUGUGUCAGGUAAAUAUGUGUGUGAAGGAGAUGGUGUACGUAGUGCGGCCACACCAACACCACCGUCUGUUGGUUCAUCUAGUCCAUUUUCGGGAAAAUCAAACUAAAUAAUUUUUAAAAAUAUAUAUUAACUAGAAACGGAUGCCUCAAUUAAUUGUUUGUUACUAAAUAUAAUAAUAAUAACAAUAAAAAAGAAAAAAAGAAACUUUUUUAUAUAUUAAAACCAAACAACAUUCAAAA